AUGGGCAGCAUUCGACGAAGCAAGACGAAGCGCAGGACCAGAGACCUCGAUCAGGUGAAAGCUGACAUUGCCUCCUCGAAGCACCUUGCUCGAUAUCAAUCCACCAAAGCAGCCGAAGAUUUACCUGGGUUGGGACAAUGGUACUGCAUUGAAUGCGCAAAGUGGUUCGAAGGAGAGCACAACCUGGUGGCCCACCGCAAAGGGAAGAACCACAAGCGACGCGCGCGAUUCUUGAAAGAAGAGGCUCAUACGCAAAAGGCUGCUGAAGCGGCGGUAGGUUUGACUAGGGAGGAUAGAUCCUACGCAGACCAAACCAUGGACAUUGAAGAGGAGCCUCAAACCAAAGAUUGA